GGCAUGUGACGUGUCUGCCUGCCGCAGACCGGAUGCUGGUGGCGGACUGUCCGGUGUAGAUGUCAGAUGCAGUGUAAACCGAGAAAAGGGGUCUAGAUUUGUAUGUGAAUCUGAUCGAGCAGACUGGCCGGUGUGAACAUGCUGCUGUGGCUGCUGGGACCCGCGCUGCUGGCUCGGGCCGCCGGCUUCUACCUCCCGGGUCUGGCUCCCGUCAGCUUCUGUGAGCCGGGGAAAGACCAGGUCCCAGACUGCAAGUCGACCAUUGAGCUGUUUGUGAACCGGCUGGAUUCAGUGGAGUCUGUGCUGCCUUAUGAAUACACUGUGUUUGACUUCUGCUCCGAGAACACAAUGAAACGUCCAUCAGAGAAUCUGGGCCAGGUUCUUUUUGGAGAGAGGAUCGAACCCUCGCCAUACAAGUUUGAGUUUAAGAAAACCGCGGUGUGUCAGCCGGUGUGUACCAAAGUCUAUGACAACAGCAAGCCAUCAGACAAAGCCAAACUGGACUUCCUCAAGAAAGGCAUGUUACUCAACUACCAGCACCACUGGAUUGUGGAUAACAUGCCAGUCACCUGGUGCUAUGAUGUUGAAGAUGGACAGAAGUUCUGUAAUCCUGGUUUCCCUAUUGGCUGUUACGUCACAGAAGCAGGCCGACCCAAAGAUGCCUGCGUGGUCAACUCUAACUUUAAUGAAAAGGAUGCUUUUUACAUCUUUAACCACGUGGACAUCACCAUCCAUUACCACAUUGUUGAGCACGAACAACUUGGAGCACGACUGGUUGCUGCCAAGAUUGAACCCAAAAGCUAUGAAAAUAAAAAUGAUGACAAGCCUGAUUGUUCUGGAGGGCCAAAGUUCCUAAAAAGCAAAGACACAGGAGUGUUCAAGAUCCCAUACACUUACUCCAUCAGCUUUGUGGAAGACAAGAAUAUUCGCUGGGCGUCUAGAUGGGACUACAUCCUGGAGUCAAUGCCUCACACCAACAUCCAGUGGUUCAGCAUAAUGAACUCGUUGGUGAUUGUGUUGUUCCUGUCUGGAAUGGUAGCCAUGAUCAUGCUGCGGACACUGCACAAAGACAUCGCCAGAUACAAUCAGAUGGACUCUGUGGAGGAUGCCCAGGAGGAGUUUGGGUGGAAGUUGGUCCAUGGAGAUGUGUUCCGACCUCCCAGGAAAGGAAUGCUGCUGUCGGUUUUCCUUGGCUCUGGAACCCAGAUCUUCAUUAUGACCUUUGUCACCCUGUUCUUUGCCUGUCUUGGGUUCCUGUCUCCUGCGAACCGCGGGGCUCUGAUGACGUGUGCUGUUGUUCUCUGGGUUCUUCUGGGAACUCCUGCCGGAUAUGUGGCUGCUCGCCUCUACAAAUCUUUUGGAGGAGAGAAGUGGAAGACUAACGUCCUGCUGACAGCCUUCCUCUGUCCUGGGGUGGUAUUUGCAGAUUUUUUUGUGAUGAACUUGAUCCUGUGGGGUGAAGGCUCUUCAGCAGCCAUGCCAUUUGGGACCCUGGUUGCCAUAUUAGCUCUUUGGUUCUGUAUCUCGGUGCCGCUUACCUUCAUAGGAGCAUACUUUGGCUUCAAGAAGACAGGUAUCGAGCACCCAGUCCGGACCAAUCAGAUCCCUCGUCAAAUCCCAGAGCAGUCGUUCUACACAAAGCCUUUCCCUGGUAUCAUCAUGGGAGGAAUUCUGCCUUUUGGAUGUAUAUUUAUUCAGCUUUUCUUCAUACUAAACUCCAUCUGGUCCCAUCAGAUGUACUACAUGUUUGGCUUCCUCUUCCUGGUCUUCAUCAUCCUGGUCAUCACCUGCUCUGAGGCCACCAUCCUGCUAUGCUACUUCCACUUAUGUGCUGAGGACUACCAUUGGCAGUGGCGUUCCUUCCUGACAAGCGGCUUCACUGCUGUCUAUUUCCUGGUCUACGCCAUUCAUUACUUCUUCUCUAAGCUGCAAAUCACCGGACUGGCCAGCACCAUUCUGUACUUUGGAUACACCAUGAUCAUGGCUCUCAUCUUUUUCUUAUUCACUG